GUUCUUACAAGAUGAAUGUCCUCCUCGGCUGUCCACCCAACUUAGACCUCAUGUUUGACAUCCAGGCGUCAUUGAGUGCAGUGGAGCAUUCUGACUUGGGGGAAUUCCCGUGGGACUGCUUGGUGGUGGAUCCAGACUUUCCAUGCUUUUACUUUGGAAAUGGUAAGAAUCAGCUUGUUGGCAAUACUCGAGUUGGGCACACCAUAUUGCUUUUGACCUUGAUUUUUUACCCAUUCUUCAGAGUAAUAGACAGGGCUUCUGGAAACACGUGGAGAUUUGAAGGCAACUAUACAUUGAAAAUAGUUGGCGGGAGGAUAGUCCAAGAUGAGUUUUAUGAGCAGUAUACUGAAGAACAAGUUCUUCAUUUCAACCAACACAAUUUCCAGCUGCAUCAGACCCUCAUCUGGAAUCCUUACAAUGAGACAUUCAUCAAUGAUAACGGCUGGUUUAUCUACUCCCAUUUGAAUAAUGCCAUCACGUGGACGUGUUUGUCCAACUCUCCCUGUGCGUAUGUUUUUCCGAGACAAUUCGGCGAUGCACCAGAAUACUACUUUGAAUUGGAAGUCUCCAACAUCGGUGUCGACUCGAGCACUUUCUGUGCCUUCAAGAAGCGCUUCAAGGUGCACAUCCAUGGUCUGGCGAUGAACAUGACCACUAUGCCUCUCUACAUUGUUGGGGGAACGACUGCCAUCUUCAUGCUGUUUAUCUUUGUGUAUUGGCUGUUCCAUUGUCAAAAUGACAGACUCAUCAAUGGCAUCAAGGAGACGUGCAGGGCAGCAUUUAGAAUUAGGUUCAAACGAAAAGUAGAACCUGUCAAAGUGCCAGGCUAUCUGUCUCAGCUGAGUCUUGCAGUAGAUAGUGACGAUAUCCUUGGACAAGGAGCAUUUCCUGAGACGCUAUCUGACCUUAAGAAGUCAACCCAGCGAUGGGAGCAGCGCCGCCUCAGUAAACGGAGAGAAUCUGAUUUACCACCGGUUUCUGAUGGUAGCUCAGACUCAAUGGGCCCGAAAGAGGGUCUACCAUUGAUUAAGGGAAGCUUUGGCUCAAUGGACCAGAGAGGGAGUCUACCAUUGAUGAAGGGAAGCUUUGACUCAAUGGACCAGAGAGGGAGUCUGCCAUUGAUGAAGGGUAGCUUUGGCACAAUGGGCCGGAAAGGAAGUUUACCUCCAAUUAGGGAUAGAUCGGGCUCUACGGGCCAGGAUCUGGAGUCUAAUCUAAGGAGGAUACAAGAGGAGACCGCAUCGCGUUAUCAUUUUACGGAGGAGACGAAUAACAAUAAUGAGGGGAAGAACAUGAGGACGGAGCUCUAG